UACAAGGUUUUAUUGUUUCCUACUCCAAUCUUUCUCCAUAUUCUCUUUCCUGUAUUCUUUUCUAUUCCCCCAAUCAAAAGUCAAAACCCUCGAUUUCAAAGCCUACCCAAUUCCCCUUCCUUCGAUUAUUAAGCCAAUCCCAUUUUUUUCUGAACCCAAACUCCGUCCUCUUUUUCCCAAGCGAGAAUGCAAGAUCCAAGGAUGCCACCAUCAGAGGAAGAUUUGAAUCCUAAGAUGCGGAAAAAGAAAAGCUCCGCUAACAAAGGACCCCUGUUUCUGUCAGAAAGAAAUACUAUUAAAGGGGAUCAGCAGGUACAGGGAUCCCUUCCAUUAAAAACAGGGAAAAAGACAUCAAAGAGGAACUCGAAGAGUGAAAUGUUUCCAAUAUUUCAGCAACCUGAGAGAUCUAACUCGGAUUCAUUACCAGACUCUUCUACAUCUGGAAACGAGUACCGCGUGCUGAGGCGCAAGUAUUUGCUACUGGAGGAAGAAAGCUUCACAUUGGGUAAAGAGGUUAAAGAAGUUGAAGAUGAGGUCAAGGCUCUUGAAGAUGAAAAGUUUGCCCUACUGGAUCAGCUUGUUGUAUUAGAAGGUCUAAUAGAUCCUUCAGAAAUGCAAUCUCACGGAGCAUAGGUACUAUUGCUUCAUGCUAGUCUCUAUAUUUCGUGUGCUUGUCUAUCGAUAUGGAAGGUAAAUGCUGGAGUAAUCAACCGCAGAGGAAAGUUAAAGUCCUCUUUUUUAAGUGAUUUUAGAAGUUCAUUCGGGGGAAAAGUGGUGCAAGAAUACAUGGAACUACUAAGAUGUUGGCUUGGCCUAGACAUGAGCUGUUAAACAGAAUUCUGGGUCAUGUUGUGCCGGUGUAACCGGGAAGGUUUACGUAGAUUAAACUCCAAUAUUCAUCAGUAU